AUGGCCAAGGAUGACGCGACCAAGCGAGACCGCUUCGUGACCACCUUAUUCGUCCGUCCUGUAUCUGAAACGGCGCCUCGUCUCAGCAUAAGAAAUUUUAUACGACUUACACGUCGGAUAAGACAAAGCGAAAACGAGGAUAGGACAACGGAUGAAAUGGGGAUUGGCAUAAGGUGGCAUCUUGAGCCUUUGAGUGGUGCUCGCCGUCAAAUUGAUCACUUUGGCUUCACGUUUGCUUGGCUUUGUAUCAUCUGUACCAUGGUAGCUGAGUGGCGGGCUCGGAGCGUUGUCCAGAGUCGCGAUUCGUACGUACUUCGUUCUCCAUAUUACUUUGAGAUUCCUUUCGGCGACAUUCGAGAGAUCCACAAAGGCGAGACACCGCCGCCAAGCAAGUCCGGUUCCCAGCCUCUUAUCUGUUUUUUGCUUCUGUACCAAUCCCUCUCAAGACUUCCACCGCUUUGCGGGCCUACCUGGGGAGGAGAAGAGGUCGGUGAACGCCUCAUGCACCUACGCGUAGAUCACGUUGCUCGAGUCUUCAACUUCCCCCAGUGGGACAUAUGGCCCGUUGCCUCUUCUCCCUCUCCGAAAACCGUCGUCGGGAUCGACUCAGGGAAGAGUGGCAAUAUUUUGGCAACGUCGCAUUUGCCAAUGUGGAUAUCGUGA